CCGUGCAGCCUCCCGUGCGCCUCGCUGCCCUGGUUCUAGUGGUCGAGCUUCGUGGCUCGGCAGUGGGUGUAGGCUCUCUGGGAAGCUGCUUUUUCUCAGCAGUUUUGAGGAAGCCAGAAGUGGGGCAUUUUCCUACUCACACCUCUCUGGCCUCUGCAGGGAAGAGGAAGGAAUGGGACAGGGUGGAGCCCAGGUCGACGUUAGAGGAGGCCUAGGAGGUUAGGGUGGGGAGAGGCGGGGCUUGUGCCGCAGGAAGUGUGGUGUAACUGGACGUUGAGCCGAGUACACUUGAAACCGCAGCAUCCAUACAGGAUGACUUCUCGGGACCAGCUGGUGGAGCAGGUGCUGAGGGAGCUGCAGGAGGCAGUGGAGUCCGAGGGCCUGGAGGGUCUUGUUAGUGCUGCGCUGGAGGCCAAGCAGGUCCUGUCCUCCUUCGCCCUCCCCACCUGCCGCAAGGGGAGUCCUGGGGUCCAGGUGCUGGAGGUGGACUCUGUGGCCUUGAGCCUGUAUCCCGAGGAUGCUCCUCGCAACAUGCUGCCGCUGGUGUGCCAGGGCGGGGGCAGCCUGCUGUUUGAGGCAGCCAGCCUGCUAUUGUGGGGCGACCCAGGCCUCAGCCUGGAGCUGCGGGCGCGCACCGUGGUGGAGAUGCUGCUGCACAGACACUAUUACCUCCAGGGCAUGAUUGACUCUAAGGUGAUGCUGCAGGCCGUGCGCUACUCCCUGUGCUCUGAAGAGUCCCCUGAGAUGACCAACCUGCCGUCGGCCACACUGGAGGCCAUCUUCGAUGCGGAUGUCAAGGCUACCUGCUUCCCCAGCAGCUUCUCCAACGUGUGGCACCUGUACGCCCUGGCCUCUGUCCUGCAGCGCAACAUCUACUCCAUCUACCCCAUGCGCAACCUCAAGAUCCGACCCUACUUUAACCGUGUCAUACGGCCCCGGCGCUGUGACCACAUGCCCUCCACGCUGCACAUCAUGUGGGCAGGCCAGCCCCUCACCAGCCACCUCUUCCGCCACCAGUACUUCGCCCCCGUGGUGGGGCUGGAGGAGGUGGAGGCUGAUGAUGCCCCCAGCCUGCCCCCCACUCCUCCAGCCCUUGUAUCGCUGCCUCCACCAGCUAAGACCCUGGAGCUGCUCAACCGGGAACCUGGCCUCAGCUACUCCCACCUCUGUGAGCGCUACAGCGUCACCAAGAGCACCUUCUACCGCUGGCGGCGGCAGUCCCAGGAGCACCGGCAGAAGGUGGCCGCCCGCUUCUCGGCCAAGCACUUCCUGCAGGACAGCUUCCACCGAGGGGGCGUUGUGCCACUGCAGCAGUUCCUCCAGAGGUUCCCCGAGAUCUCUCGCUCCACCUACUAUGCCUGGAAGCAUGAGCUGCUGGGCUCCGCUGCCUGCCCAGCCCCAGCCCCCAAGGAGGCAGCGGCCAUAGAGCUGGAGAAGCUGCCAGGAGAGAAGGCUGCAGAGGGGCUGGGCCACGCCCCACUGGCGCCCACAAACCCUGGAAUGGUCUUGAUGCAACGGGCCAAGUUAUACCUGGAGCAUUGCAUCUCCCUGAACACACUGGUGCCCUACCGCUGCUUCAAACGCAGGUUCCCUGGCAUCUCAAGGUCUACCUACUACAAUUGGCGGCGAAAGGCCCUCCGGAGGAACCCCAGCUUCAAGCCACCUCCCGCUCUUGCAGCUGCUCCCCAGCCAGCAUCUGUGGGGGGAGUGGUCCUGCUCCCUUUGAAGGGCGAGGUAGAAGAGCAGGCAGAGGAAGCCACAGGUGGUGGGCUCCCCACACCCCCGGAGCUCCUGCCACGGAGGGUGCCUCUCUCCCGUUGGCAGAGGCGCCUACGCAGGGCCGCCCGCAAGCAGGUGCUGAGUGGGCAUCUGCCCUUCUGUCGCUUCCGCCUCCGCUACCCUAGUCUGUCACCCUCCACUUUUUGGGCCUGGAAGAGCCGUGCCUGGGGCUGGCCCAGAGGCCUGUCCAAACUCCGGAGGCUGUCCUCCUCCUUUGGCAAACAGGAGCAGGAGGCCCAGGAGAAAGAGGCUGGCAGGAACGGGACAACUGUGAUGAUCCCACCUGUAGGGACCUUACCAGUGGGGACUUCUCUAGGAAAUGAUUCUACAAAGACCCAGGGAGGUCCUUCUAGAGAGAAGGCCCUGCCAGAGGGGGCUGCAGCCGAGGGUCAGCCCCACAGUGGGGCUCUAUCAAGCCAUCCUGUAGUGGCAGCUGCAGGUGACAGGGAUGGCCAGGUGUUGAUGAUGGACAUGCUCACCAACACAAAGUUCAAGGCCCAGGCCAAGCUGUUCCUGCAGAAACGCUUCCAGUCCAAGAGCUUCCCCUCCUACAAGGAGUUCAGUGCCCUCUUCCCGCUCACCGCUCGCUCCACCUACUACAUGUGGAAGCGUGCGCUCUAUGAAGGCCUCACCCUGGUGGACGGCUGACAUGGAGAUGCCCAAGGGGCAGAGAGGAAGGGGAUCAGUUGCAAAAGCGAUAGGGAACUGCCUUGUCCCCUGGCGUGGCCAAAAUGCCCUCUGCUCUGGUUCCCACAGUGUCUACACUGAUUGCAAGGGCAUAUUUGUGUUAUUUCCUGGCUCCCGGGUGGAGAGAGCCAGAAACCAGCCAUCUGGUCUUCUGUUGAAAGCUACAGCAGCACAGAUGUUCUCUUUGGUUGUUGGCUGGUCACAUUUUAUUGUUGAGUUUUAGUUUUUGUUUUGAUUUAAGUGGGUUGACUGGGCCCCCUCGCUGGUGCUGGAAGCUGUGUAUUUGUGUGGGGUAUGGAGUUUGGCAAGUGAAAGAGGCUUUCCGCUUUUCUUGGGAAAGAGAGGCAUAAAGUGUGAUUAUCUGUCUUAUAGGGCAGACAUGUCUUCAGUGUCUCUGGGGGGAGGCACCCCCUUUUCCCAAAGGAACUGGAGAACUGAAUGUGGAUUCCAUCCGUGGCUUCUGCCUUGUGUCCCCAAUGCAGAAGGUGCCAGACUCAGCUUGAGUGGCAGCAGGGAUGCAUAGAAAGUGCCAGAGAUGGCCUCCAAGGGAAGGCGCGAGGAUACUUGAGGUUACUGAGGGGCCAGCCUGUCCCCUGGAGGAACAGGGGUGAAAGGAAGGUCUGAUCAUUGCCAGGGAACCCCCAUGGGCCUCUGCUAGCUGGCGGGCCCUGGGUACCCUGCUUUUCUGUUGAGACUCCUCUCAAAUCCCAAGCCACGUUUUCAGUGAAGGACUACUUAUGGCCAGGAAGAUAGGGUACCGAAUUUGCAUUGUCCAAGGUUAAAGUUGGAAAACCCAAGAAAUAAAGUGAUGCGGUACCCACAGCCCUUGGUCUCUGGUGUUUGUUCAUCUUCCUCUUUGACUUAAUGGGAUUGAGUGACUGUUUCUGUCUCAUGAGGGUACAGGCUCAGGACCUUGGAGGCUGGAAGAACCUACUUUGGAGCUCUGCCUUGAAUCAAUGAUAGUUGGAGCUUUUUCAGCCAAGGGUGGGUUUUGGCUGCCUGGAAAGAGUCUUCCCUUCUCCCUUAAGCACACCCUGUAGAGCAGGUCUCUCCCAACUGCUCAGUGUUGGCCUGGCCUUGGGAGAGACCUGGUCUACAGGAUGUGCUCAAGUGAGGAGCUUUCUACUUGGUCUUUUUUUUUUUUUUUUUUUUUUUUUUUUAGUCGAGACCGGGGAUCAAACUCACAACCACAUACUUGCAAGGCAAGUCCUUAUGCCCCUGAGCUAAAUCCCCAGCCCCUUCUACUUGGUCUUUGCCAUGUGGCAGGAGGGACUGGGACUGGGCCUAGUCUGCCUAAUUAAUCCCCUUCCUAGAUAUUUCUCAUAAGACUAUUUUUCCCCCUAUCCUUGCAGCUACCUUGUAACUUGAGCUCUUGUGGUGCUGGAAGGCCACUCAAAGGAUCCCAUUGCAUCCUGGAAAAGCCCAGAAUGAUCUUACUGACACUUGAAUUUCCCAUGGCCCUUAGCACAAAAUUGCAACUAAUGAUAUACCUCCCCCCUGUUCAGUCCUGACUGACUUUUUUUUUUUUUUUUUUUUUU